AUGAAAUGGAAAAAAUAUCGAGCAGAUCUGAAGUUAAGGAAAGAAGAAAUGCGACUGAAAAUAGAUUUAAAAACAAUGAAUAUUAAAGAAGAAGCGAGACGAGCGGAAUUUAAAAUGAAAAAAGAAUUACGUCUUGCUGAGGAAAAAAUGAGGGAAGAAUUCAGGUUGAAAGAAUUAGAAAUCCAAACAAAAAAGGAGCUUGAAGCUUAUAAGCAAGCAAUAAAAGAGAAAAAUAAUGAGGCAACUGAUGAUUGCCGAUACUGGAACAUUAUGGUCCCAGACAUUGAAGGCUGCACUGUUUCAAGCACGGCUCUUUAUAUCAGUUUUGCCAAGAAAGUUAAAAAAGUAAACGAAUAUGAAAUGGAUGUGAAUCCUGAAGAGGAGUAUAAGUUUAUCCAGAGUCAAUUAAUGAAAGAUCUACGAAAUACGUCAGAUUACUACUUCAAGAGUAGGGAAGUAAAAACCCUAGCUGAUGCAAUCGAUUUUAUAUGCGCCGACCGUUUGAAAAAAAAUAAUUUCAAAAUCAACACUGGAAUUCGUAUAAGCAUAGCAAAGGAAACACAGGAUUGGCUGAGGGGCGAUGAAUUGGCAAAGACCAUAGAUCACUUUAAGCUGAACAUGAGAGUUGCCCAUAAUGUUAAACGCAUGGAGUUUAGUAGGAACACACACAAUCAAAUGGAAAUGUUUGGCACGGGUGGCAUGAUGUACCAAAGAAAAAUAAACUACAACAAAUAUGCCAUAAAAUGUUUCACCUGUGUGGAAAGUGGUCAUGUAGCCGCUAUUGUAGGAACUCUAAAUAUGAGGCACGGCAGAAACAAGUAA